CCCCAGAGGGAGCCCCUGCGCUCCGCGGCCGGGCAGAGAGCGCAGCCGGGCGCGUCCCGUCCCGCUUCGCAAACCCCUGCGCACCCUCCGCCUGCAGCAGGAGGAGCAGAGUGAGGAGGAAGAGGAAGAAGAAGAAGAAGAGGAGGAGGAGAGGGAGGAAGGCAGCACCCCUCCCGCAGCGGGGCACGCACGUGUGCGCGUAGCCCUCGACGGGCGCCUUCCAGCAUGCGGGACAGAGCAGCGGAGAGGAGCUGAGGGGAGAAGAGCAAAGCAGAGGCUCUGCGGAAACCUCCGUGCCACCGGUCCUGUGCGAUUCCCACCCCCGUCCAGUGGCUCCGAGGGAGCGGCGGUGCCGCAGCAUGGGCGGCCGCAGCCCCCGCGCCGCUGUCCUGGUGCUGCUCGUCGCCUGCUGCUCCGCCGUGGAGGAAAAGAAAGUUUGUCAAGGGACAAAUAACAAGCUGACCCAGUUGGGACAUGUGGAAGACCAUUUCACCAGCCUGCAGAGGAUGUAUAAUAACUGUGAGGUGGUACUGAGCAACCUGGAGAUUACAUACGUGGAGCACAAUCGUGACCUCUCUUUCCUGAAGACAAUACAGGAGGUUGCAGGCUACGUGCUCAUCGCACUUAACAUGGUGGAUGUCAUUCCCCUAGAAAACCUCCAGAUCAUCCGAGGCAAUGUGUUGUAUGAUAACUCUUACGCCCUGGCAGUUUUAUCCAAUUACCACAUGAAUAAAACACAGGGACUUCGAGAGCUGCCAAUGAAACGACUAUCAGAAAUUCUCAAUGGAGGGGUUAAAAUCAGCAACAACCCCAAACUGUGCAAUAUGGACACUGUUCUCUGGGAUGACAUCAUUGACACGACCAAGAAACCUCUCACGGUGCUUGAAUUUGCGAGCAACCUGUCUUCUUGUCCCAAGUGCCAUCCGAACUGCACAGAAAGCCACUGCUGGGGUCCUGGUGAACAGAACUGCCAGACAUUGACGAAAGUCAUCUGUGCCCAGCAGUGCUCUGGCCGGUGCAGGGGAAAGGUGCCCAGCGACUGCUGCCACAACCAGUGUGCUGCGGGGUGCACAGGGCCUCGGGAGAGCGACUGCCUGGCAUGCCGCAAGUUUCGGGAUGAUGCAACAUGCAAGGAUACAUGUCCCCCAUUGGUCCUGUAUAACCCCACCACCUAUCAGAUGGAUGUCAACCCAGAAGGAAAAUACAGCUUCGGAGCCACUUGUGUGAGAGAAUGUCCACACAACUACGUGGUGACAGACCACGGGUCCUGUGUUCGCUCAUGCAAUACCGAUACUUAUGAAGUGGAAGAAAAUGGUGUUCGGAAGUGUAAAAAGUGUGAUGGGCUAUGCAGCAAAGUGUGCAAUGGCAUCGGAAUAGGUGAACUUAAAGGGAUUCUCUCCAUUAACGCCACUAAUAUUGACUCUUUCAAAAACUGUACCAAGAUCAACGGGGACGUCAGCAUUCUCCCAGUUGCAUUUCUAGGUGAUGCCUUCACGAAGACCGAACCCUUGGACCCCAAGAAGUUGGAUGUCUUCAAAACAGUCAAAGAAAUAUCAGGAUUUUUGUUGAUUCAGGCCUGGCCCGAUAAUGCUACUGAUCUCUAUGCUUUCGAAAAUCUGGAGAUUAUAAGAGGCAGAACCAAGCAGCAUGGCCAGUAUUCCCUUGCUGUUGUUAACUUGAAGAUACAGUCCUUGGGACUGCGCUCCCUCAAGGAAAUAAGUGAUGGUGAUGUUGCCAUUAUGAAGAACAAGAACCUCUGCUAUGCUGACACUGUGGACUGGCGCAGCUUGUUUGCAACUCAGAGCCAGAAAACAAAGAUUAUACAGAACAGAAAUAAAAAUGAGUGUGCUGCUGCCAAGCACGUCUGUGACCCCCUGUGUUCAGAUGUGGGUUGCUGGGGCCCUGGACCCUUCCGCUGCUUCUCCUGCAGGUUUUUUGAUCGCCAGAAGGAGUGUGUGAAACAGUGCAAUAUCGUGCAAGGGGAGCCAAGAGAGUUUGAAAAGGACUCCAAGUGCCUUCCCUGCCACCCUGAGUGCCUGGUGCAAAACUCAACCGCCUACAAUGCAACCUGCACUGGACCCGGCCCUGACAAUUGCACCAAGUGUGCCCACUUCAUAGACGGCCCCCACUGUGUGAAAUCCUGCCCAGCAGGGGUUCUAGGCGAGAAUGACACCCUCGUCUGGAAAUACGCCGAUGCAAACGCUGUUUGCCAACUCUGCCAUCCAAACUGUACCCGGGGGUGCAAAGGGCCAGGUCUUGAAGGCUGUCCAAACGGCUCUAAAAUCCCAUCUAUCGCAGCUGGCGUUGUUGGAGGUCUCCUAUGCCUGGUGGUAGUCGGCUUGGGCAUUGGCCUUUACUUGCGGAGACGCCACAUCGUCAGAAAGCGGACCCUGCGCCGGCUGCUGCAGGAGAGGGAGCUUGUCGAACCACUGACACCCAGUGGGGAGGCACCAAACCAGGCUCAUCUGAGAAUUUUAAAGGAAACAGAAUUUAAAAAGGUCAAGGUUUUAGGCUCUGGAGCUUUUGGUACUGUUUAUAAGGGACUUUGGAUCCCAGAAGGGGAGAAGGUUAAAAUUCCUGUUGCUAUUAAAGAGUUGAGAGAGGCUACAUCACCAAAAGCCAACAAGGAAAUACUUGAUGAAGCAUACGUGAUGGCUAGCGUUGACAAUCCUCAUGUGUGCCGCUUGUUGGGUAUCUGCCUCACUUCUACUGUUCAGCUCAUCACACAGCUGAUGCCUUACGGCUGCCUUCUUGAUUACAUCCGAGAGCACAAGGACAACAUAGGCUCCCAGUAUCUUCUCAACUGGUGUGUGCAGAUUGCAAAGGGAAUGAACUAUUUGGAGGAGCGUCGCUUGGUGCACCGUGACCUUGCUGCCAGGAAUGUCCUUGUUAAGACUCCUCAACAUGUGAAAAUUACAGACUUCGGGCUGGCAAAGCUGCUUGGUGCCGAUGAGAAGGAGUAUCACGCUGAGGGAGGCAAGGUUCCUAUUAAAUGGAUGGCCUUGGAAUCAAUUUUACACCGGAUUUAUACUCAUCAAAGUGAUGUCUGGAGUUAUGGCGUGACAGUUUGGGAGCUGAUGACAUUUGGGUCCAAGCCGUACGAUGGGAUCCCCGCCAGUGAGAUCUCCUCUGUCCUGGAGAAGGGCGAGCGUUUGCCCCAGCCCCCAAUCUGUACCAUCGAUGUGUACAUGAUCAUGGUCAAAUGCUGGAUGAUUGAUGCAGACAGCCGUCCCAAGUUUCGUGAACUGAUAGCAGAGUUCUCUAAAAUGGCUCGUGACCCUCCACGCUAUCUCGUUAUACAGGGAGAUGAUAGGAUGCACCUCCCCAGCCCUACAGACUCCAAGUUCUAUCGCACCCUGAUGGAGGAGGAGGACAUGGAAGAUAUAGUGGACGCAGAUGAGUACCUCGUGCCACAUCAAGGCUUUUUCAACAGCCCUUCAACAUCACGCACUCCUCUCUUGAGUUCAUUGAGUGCGAAUAGCAACAGCUCUGCUACAACCUGCAUUGACAGGAACGGGCAGGGACACCCUGUGAGGGAAGAUAGCUUUGUCCAGAGGUAUAGCUCAGACCCAACAGGUGCUUUCUUGGAAGACAGCAUAGAUGACAGCUUCCUGCCGGCCCCAGAGUACGUAAACCAGUUGGUGCCCAAGAAAACAUCUGCCUCAGCAGUCCAGAAUCCAAUCUACAAUAACUUCUCUCUCACAUCAAACUCAAAGGUCCCUACAGACUCCAGCUACCAGAAUUCACACAGCACAGCUGUGGACAACCCUGAGUAUCUCAACACCAACCAGUCUCCGUUGGCCAAGACAGUCUUCGAGAGCUCUCCAUACUGGAUCCAGGCAGGCAACCACCAAAUAAAUCUGGACAAUCCUGACUACCAGCAGGACUUCUUACCGAAGGAAACAAAACCUAACGGUCUCUUGAAAGUUCCCGCGGCAGAGAACCCAGAAUACUUGAGGGUAGCAGCACCAAAAAGUGAAUACAUUGAAGCAUCAGCAUGACCAUAGAGAAUUUCUUCUUGCAGCAAGGCAAGCCAGACUCUCAGUGAACCACCUGGCUGCUGCAAGAAUGGACUCUUGCUCAGAGUGAACAGUGACUGCGAUGCAUCAAUAAGCACAUCUUUCCUUUUCAGUAUGGGGGCUGAAACUGCGAAGCUUGUCUGAUGGUAGUUUAGGUCUUUUCUUGCCCAUUUCCACAUAAUAACUGAGGCCCAUAGCCUGCACUUGGAUACAUGUUGGGAUGGAGCAGGACCAUCCUGGACAGAAGAAAUACGAAUGCAUUCCUUUUAUUUUCAAAUGGUAGCAUGGUAAGAAGCCACUCUGGGAUGAACUUGAGAACUGUACGCAUUGUACAGUCAAAUUUCUUAUUACAGUCUGUAUUUUUAUAAAUGUUUCUAACAGAAUUUGUAAGUCUUUUACAAGAUCAGAUGCUUGUACUGCUGGUCUGCUUUGUGGUGCUCAGAUCACCAGGAGGAAAAAAAAUGUUACUAAACACUUUUCCAAAACUCCUGGAAGAGAAACAGUUAUUCCAAACCACCGGACUUUUACAAAUUGGCUCCAUGUACUGCUUCUUGGCACAAAGAGGAGGCGUGCAUCUGGGGGACGUAUGGGAGAUGCUGCCCAGAGCAUAUGGAGUGGAUCACUCCAGGUAAAACUAGCACAAGGAGCAAAAUGACACGACACAUCACCUACUGACCACUACUGCUAAAAACUGACAGGAGAAACUCACUUCAAAGUCAUCUGUACAUGAUUAUGAAGUGCUUGCUAGUCUAUUUUCUGAUGGUCAAAUGCAAGAUUUUUUUUUUUCUGAUCCCUUAUGCAGCUGUCAGGUUGUCAAAAUGCCUUUCUUCCUCAACAAAACUGUUAAAGAUGUUGCCGUAACUGAAAAAAUGAAGUGUCAAAUGUUUAACAGACUUUAAUUAAAUGUCAAGGAAAUGCAAAUGGUGGCAAACUGGAGCAUUCACAAGACAGACCGGAAGAACUACGCUAAAUUAGACUUGACUAGGGCAAGAAACACAGGUAACUCUAGCCAAGCAUGUUUAGUUCUCUUCUUAAAGGGGCUCAGAGCAGAAAUCACUUUCCCUUAUACAUUUGGUGUAUCAGUGUUAUGCUUUACUCACUUCAAGGCAAAAUACUACCAAUUGCUGUAACACACUGGGACAGAGCCCAGGGCUGGUUGCCCGUCCCUUUGGGGUUACGUAUCCUGGCAAUGCCAGAGGGGCAGUGAGAAUAAAUUAAGGAGAGGAAUAGUAAUCUGGAGUGAUGGAAAAUACUAGCUUUGUCUUCUGAAACACAGGGCUCCCUACUGCUUCUCUAAAACACCCCAUGUCAUCUUCUGUAAUCGGCAGGGAAUAGGCAGAUGAGGCAAGGCUAAGGUUUUAGCUUCUUAAUAUAAAUCAAUUGCAGCAGGAAAUGCAGCUACUCUUUUCAGAGGCCUGUGAUACAGACAUUCAGAUUCUUCAGUCAUUAACUUUUCUUAUGAAUAUGGGAGGAGAAAAAUGCCUAAAGUGUGAAUCUAGUCAGUAAUUUAGACACCAGCAGCUUGGCAGUGCUGUUUUAAUCAAACCACUAGAUCAGAAAGCCAAUGCACAUUUGGUCAUUUGGGUACAAAGGGCUGUAACUAGUUGAAUGUUGAGAAUUCAUUGGAGGUAGCAUAAGCAGCUGAGUUGCAGAGGAUAUGCAGUCUAUAUUAAGUCAAAUUUAUGCCACCAGUGUGUUUUGAAUAUUUCAGUUUGUGUUUCAGUUUAAGUAUUGCACUUGCAGUCAAGAAUCAAGAAGCAGUUCUUCAGAACAUUGUUUUUACAGAUUUAUUGAGGAACAAAGAAGAACAGUCAUGUGAAAUGACCCUUUCUAUAAAUAACAUGGUGCAAAAUGCAUUAGCAGCUUGUGUAUGUGCAGUAGUUCAUCGGCCACACUGCAGUCUCGGGUAGAGCAGGACAUUGGGUCAAAAUCCAAAGAUUGUCCUUUUUGGUACAUCUGUGUCACCAUGACCAAGUUCCAGGCACAGUGGUAUGGAGAAUGCAAUGUUUGCUUAUUACUGGCUUGUAUUUAAAACACUAACCAAAAUUCAGUUCCCACGUCCAAUUAGUGGCAGAUUUCUCCUUGCAUUCCUGAGAGCAGAUUUGUUGUGUUGCUCUCACAAGCGUGCAACAUGUACACACAAGCAGCGCUGCUUUUCUCCACCCACUGCCCCGGGAGGAAUGUACAUAAAACCAAAAAAAGAUCUUAACAGAAAUCACAGAUAAUUUUCAACUUGCUAAAUCUGUUAUGUUUCCAAGCAGAACACUAGAAAAAUCACAUCAUGCACAUUCUCCUGCAGAAUCUUUCCAACUCUAUUGCGUGAAAGAAUUUAUUGAUGUUUUAUUUUAAUCUCUUAGCUAAAACAAGCCACUAAGGCAUAGCAGUAUGUAUCACCAGCACUAUGUAGCAUGAAAAUUAUCUAAUAGAGGUUAAUAUGCUUGCCAAUAACAAUUUAGGAGGCAUUCAAUAGCAACUCAUUACUGGAAACAGGGAGAUUCAUCUGAAAAUUAAGCAAUGUAAGUUUGAAAGAUCAUCACUUUUUGAAUGUAUUAUUUUUUGUGAGAAGAGUAGGACCACCAGUUCUGAAUGCAGCUGUACAGAUUGCAUAUUGGUGGGAUUAACUAAAAUGUAAAACAGUUCUUGUAAGCAGGCAUCCUGUAAGCCAUGAUUUUUCAAUCAGCAGCUCAGUAAUGAUUCAAAAGCCAGCAAAAAAAAUAAAAACUAGGCAGUACCUUGUAGUCUGUGGACAAUGCCUGCAAGGGGCAAAAACAGUGGCAGUGGGAGCGGAUGGGACCAUGCAGCCAUGGCUGUUGCUGUAGGCACAGGUGCUACACGGGGUGAUGCUCAUAGAGUACAGCAAUGUACCAAAUUAUUUCUACUGACAUGAAAACAAGACUCAAUAAUCGGCUGAAAUCCUCUGGUUUUCCCACUGCAGCUCACUGACCAUGUAACAGCAAGGAGCCCCAUGCAGAUCACAGGUGCUUAUGAAGGCAGACACAGUGAGGCAAUAUUCCAUGGGACCUUGCUGAUGCAGUGUUGUGUGGAGUUUAGACUACUGAAAGAGACAUAAAAGUUGUGUUUUCACAAAUGUUAGAAAAAAAUAAAUACGCCACAUCCUGAGAGCUUGCAUGAAUCAGCAUCCAGAAGUAACUUGGAAGUUCUGCCAUUGUUUCUCAGGCAGUGUGGGCAGGAAGUACCAAUAUUUAAAAUGCAGCUGAGCAGGGUAAUGCAGCAGGCCACAGCCACUUUUAAAAGCUAACAGACCAAUUGAGAAAAUAAACAUUUCUCUUUUUACUACAUUUCUCAUGGAAGGCAAAAUAAAAAUACUUAUAAGUUAGUGCUUAGUGUCUCAGUCAUAAAGCAACAGUUAAAAUGGAACUGCUUUUGCAAUAAUAAUUGAAGACUUUUAAUAAGUGCUAAGUAUAUGAAAAUGUGAGUUAAGAGUAGAGCCUUCAUCUUACUUCGAUAUUUUCCGGUGAUCUGUGUACAGUGUUAGCACACUUGACUGCAUUUGGGCCUUGGGUUGUUUUGCUGCAAAGGGACUUGGCCUGGAAAAUUUUCUUCAUGUUGGUUUCAUUGGGGCCAUUCAAGAGGCCAGGAACUUGCUUUCAUUUCCAGCUGGCAGGCAACAGUGCAGUGAGUUUUGGUGGUUUUUGGAACGCCUUGCCCCACCAGCAUCACUGUUCGGCGGCUACGUGAAGCCCCGGACCAUUAUUAGGGUCUUCUGGUUUAUUUGAAAGGAAGGAGUUUAUGUGCAGAGAAUGAUGCCGGUGAAGGGGCACAGCUGGCCAAUUCAUACCUGAGACAGCUGCCACAUUUGCCCAGGGAUAUCAUAGAGGCCACUGACUAUUCCUGCAGGUAUAUGUGGGAAUAGACACGGCUCCUGUCCCCGCUACUGGCUUUAAGCAAAGCCUUUUGCAGAGUUUACUUGUUCAAAGACCAAUGUACUACAGGUUGAGUCUCUUCUCUUCCUUGAAAGGUACACCUAAGGCUACAAUAAUGUUACAUGACCCCAAACAGCUUAAGGUGCAUCACAAAGUGCCUGGGGUGUCCUUGAUCUGUCUGAGGGUGCUCCAGGAUGCCAAGGAGAAACUUUGCAUUUCUAGACAAGCACUCAUUUUUCAGAGUCCAACAUCAUCUUUUAGUACCACUGCUGCCUCUCCAAAUGAGCAGUUAUGGUACUCUGGCUGUCCCUGCAUUUCUCUGUGAGAAAAUACCUGAAUCACGACAAAGUAUGAAAAUGUACCUAUGUCCUCCUUCCUGGUGGAAAUUAUGUACUUGUGAAAUGUCAAACCCUGUGUAUAACAGUUAGCAAGGAUGCUUUGUAAUGUUUUAUCACCACUGGUUAAAUUUUUAUAUUGGGAUCCCAUUUUCUAGCUUUCUUUUUGUAAGCAUUUUCUCUUUGUUCUGAUGUACAACUUCUAAGGAGCCUUUUUAAAAUAAUUUUUAUAAGUAAAAAAAAAGAAGUUUAUACAAAAGAAAAACAUGACAUCUUCAAGUAGCUUGUUAAAUGGGCUGCAUUAGGACCAAAGAUGUAAUGUCUUGUUUUCUUGCUUUAAAGGAAUUAGAGUAUUGAUCACCACUUUCACAGAUUCUUGUUACAGGGAAAAGCUGCAGAUCUCCAGUGUUCAUUGGGGCUGGGCAGACCUCCACUGAGCCAGGAGGGCAUGACAGGAGGGUGAAGCCUGUCCAUAGAAAUCCAAACAAAAUAUGAGGACCAGGUUUUACUUUAGGGCCAGACGUACAACCUCUACUCCAUUUCAAUUCAUUUUUAUACUCAAUGCAGUAGCUGAAUAGGGACACAGACAAGAAAAAAAAAGAAACCAAUACAUGAUGUUUUGGCUCAGUAUCAGGAAAAAAUACAAUGAUGUGAAGAUAAGACAUGAUGAGAUAACUGCUUUUUAUGUGAGGAAGUGUGUAGGCAGGCAGUGAGACUUUAAACUGAUAACACUUCUAGUUAUGUAUUACUUUAAUUAUAUGGGGGAGUUGAAAUCACGGUGCUUUACUUUCUGCCAUGCGUCCUCCCUCUUUUCGACAUCAUGUGUUUUAGCAGAUCACCUGUACUUGUGUGGCUGAGUGGACUGAGCAUUGCAGGUCAGUCAGAGGUACUGCGUGCAACCUGUCCUUCAACAGAGGAGAGAAGAGUGCAGCGAUAGUAGGCUGUACAACAGCAGCAAAGCAAACCCUCAGUAGCAUCCGAACAAAGGGUUUCUCAAGGGAAAAAAGAUGAGAACUGGAGCCCUCGCUGGCAAAAGCUCUUGGACCGCUGAAGUCAGCAGGCAAAAUGCCUUCAGCCAAUAUUCAGGGCUGGUACCCCACCGACUUGAAAUUUGUUCUCUUACACGGUGCAGGUGGGGCUGUCUGAAGCCACAACAGCGAGGGCUUUAUGGUCUCUCUGGACCUCUCUCCUUGGAGUAAUAGAUUUUUCUGAUUAAUAAGGUGAAAACCAGAAAUCAAACCUGCAGCUAAAACUGGACUGGUUGGAGGGUUUGUUCCUAUGUAGCAAAUACGGUACAUUGUUUCCAGCCACGCUGGAAUUUAUCCAGACCCUUCUCCUUACCUCUCAGGAGCUAGCUGAAGAAUGUCCAUUUGCAACUGUCAUCAAUGUUAUCCUCAUACUUUAUGAAAGGGAAUAAGUGAAGUAGUUGUCUACAAUGGUAGGAGGCUUGGCUCACGUACCUUGGUUGCUUUUUUAAUCCCCCACUCCUAAUAUCGUUCCCCUUGAAAUUAAUGGGAUGUAUAACUUGAUUACACUGAGAGUAUAAAACAAGGCUAAUGUUGAGUGAUUUUUGAAAAUCCCUCGCAAUAAUCAGAGAUCCUAUGGAUCCAUUGCCCCUUUUAGACUGCUUUGUCUUGAUGCAAUCAACCAAGUAUAAGGUAUAAUGUCUUGGUUUUAAUAAACUGUCAAGCAAUAUAUCCAUAGAUACAGAUGGUACCCUCACAGCAUUGUAAAGUUACCCAGCUAUGAAAGCACUAUUUGUACAAUAAGAAACUCUUGACUUUUAUAUGAUUUAAUGGUUUAUACUAUUGAUCAAAGAUUGUUUGUAUAUUGAGCGAUAAAAAUGAGGUGUAUAUUAUUCUUUUUAAUUGUUUUUUAAUUUUUGGAGAACUUUUAUUGUAAUAUACUGUUGUAUUUGAGGAGAAGAAAAAUCAGUGGCUAGCUUGUAGAGUUUGUUGCCAGAGAAGAACUCACAUUAAGAGUUAAUGAUUGAUGGACUUAGAUUUUUUUAUUAUUUUUUUUUUUGUGAAAGAUGUCACCUUGGGGAUUUAUCCAGAGCUUAGUGAAGCUAAUAACAGGAUCCUUUCCCUCUCUCCAAGACUCUUUGGCUCUCUGCAUGCACAGUGCUGGAUUUUCAUAAUGUGAGCAAUAAUACAGCUAACACUUGUGACAACUGGAAGUGCAAUAUGAAAGCCCAGGUGCUGCUUAUCAGGGCGCUAAUAAAAGCUGCUCUUUUGAAUUGCAUGGCAGGUUCUCACUUCACUUUUAUGACAAUAGGAGAGGCAGAGUCAAAGCAAUCCCUCAAAAGUCUAUCCAUGUGGCAUGUGGCUUAUGAAGCCAUACUGCUGGCCCUUUCUGAAUUGCAUAGUUGAGUUAUGCAACAGCAACGCAGGACUCCUUAGUGAGGAAAGGCAAAAUAUAGUCUCAGCUCUCAACCAGAGUCACACUGGUGACUUAAAUUGCACUACACUAGGCAGAAAGCAAAAUCUGUUAGCAAAGCCUGUCAAAUGAAGCCCCGGUGCCAACUGGUGGAACAUGUAGCAGACAAAGAUAAGGAAUUACAGGGUCCUCAACAUAACAGAGCAAAAUACACUGGGUUGACAAGACAGUAAAGAAGAGAGGACCUGGAACUGUCAGUACACAUACAGCCUGGAUAAGUCCCCGAUAUCACAACUAGUAAAUUAAAUAAUUUUUGUCUUUAUAGAUUAACUUUGCACACAGAAAAAAAGCCACUACUUUCUCACUUUCAUCUUUCCAUCCAGUCCCUUCCAACACGUAGGCUGCAAGUUUUACCAGCUCAACUUAUUUUAUGCAGAAAUGACGUAGUCUUAGUCUUCAUAUUACUGGUUCUCAGAAAUGUCUAAUGUAUAUUAAUGCAUGAUAUUUUUAUUUU